AUUGUUCCUCUUCGCUCGGAACCUCGGCCCGGCCGGCACUUUGGCUCCGAAAGAACUUAUUUUAGGGGGAAGCACAUCUCGAACCAGUCAAGAUCGUGAAGGUUGAUUUCUGUAGCUCGAAGAUUUCUCAUUUUUGUUUGUUGUUGUCUCUUUUUGAUUUUUUUUUUCGGCGUAAACAUCUGGGUAUAUAUAUCAAACGGCAAGAUGUCCAGUAAUGUCCCGGCGGAUAUGAUAAACUUGCGCCUCAUCUUGGUAAGCGGGAAAACAAAAGAGUUCCUGUUUUCUCCUAAUGAUUCUGCUUCUGACAUUGCAAAGCAUGUGUAUGACAAUUGGCCAAUGGACUGGGAAGAAGAGCAGGUCAGCAGUCCAAACAUCCUACGCCUUAUUUAUCAAGGACGAUUCCUACAUGGAAAUGUCACAUUAGGAGCAUUAAAACUUCCUUUUGGCAAAACAACAGUGAUGCAUUUGGUGGCCAGAGAGACACUGCCAGAGCCAAACUCUCAAGGUCAGAGGAAUCGCGAAAAGACUGGAGAGAGUAAUUGCUGUGUGAUCCUGUAAACACUGUCUGCCAAGUGUGGUGUGAUGUAGUCUUUGUCUUUCAUGCUGCUGGGCCAGAGGAGACCCAACGUCGCUUCAGAACCUUUAGGAAGAGUCUGCCUAUAAAUACGUGGACCUGAACUAUCACAUGAACACUGUCAUCUUUUCUCAUGAGAGUAAAAAGAACCAAGGACAUUUUUCACUAUGAUUUUUUAUUUCCAGUAUUUUUGUUUAUGUUGAGCAGUUUUAAAAUGUAUUGAUUUUUGAAUGCAAGUCAAUCUCCAGGGGAAAAGUUAACAAGUUAUCUUUCAUAGCAGAAACGAUUUUGCUGCCACAAAAAUUUUCAUUACCAGAACUAACAAAAUCAAGUGUUCCAAAUACAGUGUGCACUAAAAAAGAUUGACAGUUAUUUUCUUCAUCAGCAGAAUUUAUAACAUGGUUUAUGGUACCUAGAAAUACACUCAUAUAUACAAUCCACACUGGAAGACACAGCAAUUAAUGAAGUUAAUUACUGGGCUAACAUGAGAGUAAAAAAUGGAAAAGAAACUGAAAUGCUGGGUGAAUGCUACCAAAGUCAGCCAUGGCGGCUGCACUGGCACAGAAUCCUUACACUGAGUGCGACUGUUCUCACUGCAACAAGUGAAAAAACAGAACGGGCUUCUUGUUGAAAGUACUCAGCAGAGGGCUGAUGAAACUAGUUGUUUUUCCUUUAACAUGUGCACUCUAGUCAGACGGUGACGGAGGGCUGGUUCACAUAGCACAAGAGGGGUGAGAGCUCGCGUCCUAGCCUUGAUGCAGGGGUAAAUUCCAGUCACUCGUAGACCUCCGUGAUUGCGCAGAAAUAUUAGAAAACCUCAUUUAUUCAUCAAUUUUGUGUAUCUGAAUAUUAGCAAAUUGAAUUUUUCCAUAAUUAUUGCUCAUCUCUGUGUCCAGUGUCACAGUUACUCAUUAGAGACCUCAGAUGAAUUCUUAAAAUUAAAAAAUUCUCCAUAGGACUAAUUUUGUUUCUUUAUGUAGUUUGCAUUGGGUAUUAGUGCUUGCAAUUGUAUUAAAGUCAAAAGCUGAUUUUCAGGGCACACUUGAUUAGGGAUGCCAUUCUUUUGUUUUGUACCAAUAAUUUAAAAAUUGAUAUGCUAAAAACGAUUUGCACAGCACUAAAGCAUGAGCUAGUUUCAUCUAAACCUGUAAAAAAAUAUAAAAGAUUUUAUAUUUUUUCACUGGGAAGAAAUUCUUCCUGGAUGAAAUUACAAAUACGUGUAGAAUAUAUUUAAUAAAAAACUUAUAAAAUACCUAACUAUAGAACUUAAAUAUAGAUUGGCGUGUAGUAUAUAGAACCAUGUUCCAUAUAAAUAACUUUAGCCUUUAUAAAAAUGAAGUUGCAGGCUGACGUUAUGUUCUGUACUUAAAUGAGUGUCCACGGCCCUUACAAAUAGUAAGUGUAAAUCGUUUCAAACGGUCAGCUUUGUUUAAAGGUAAUCAGGUUAUUUUAUUCAUUGUUAAUGCUUUGACGAAAAGGCUUUAUAUGCAGUAGAUCUACGAAAAUAUUGUUCAUACUGAUCAGAAUUAAAUUUGUAUAGAGCAGAGUUUUAAAAUGAAUGUAAAUAGCACUAAACAUUUUCCUUCUGCAACCUGUACUUAUAGAUUCUUUCUGUAAACUAAAUAAAAAAAAAUAUUGUAGUGCAUUUUGGUGAUAAUUUUAAAGGUCUUGUUUAGGUUGAUAAUUGUUUAAGCACUGUCUCAUCCAUGUUAAAAUUGUUUUUAAAAUUUUUAUUUCUGAAUCUUUUAAAGAUUUGUUUAAUAUUCUACUGUUAGGUUUGGGAUGAAUCCCAGUGUAUCUCUGGUAUUUAACCUGGUUAAUUUGUGCACAGUCACGACAGUGGGUAGAAUUAUGUAGUCCCUGUUAUCACUAAGAUGUUCUAUUCAAGAGAUGUUGAAUAUUUAUAUGCUUUGUUGACCAGCUCACAUGUGAAUUCUGUUAGUGUGGACUAAAGAAGAAUCUGGUAGUUACUUAACUGGGCAAUUAAGCCAUUUAUGGCUGUAUUCUUUCCUAAUACAAACUACUGGUAAUUAUUUUUAAUACCUAUUUUAAUUCUAAUUAUUCUUCUGUUUCUCCAAAGUUAAAGACUACCUUUAAUUGUGAUUGAAAUUUUAUGGUUAACCGUAUUCUCUGUUGGUUUUCAAUAUAUUUUUCUGUGUGUUCCCACGUUAUCAAUUUCCCUUCACAAGACCUCAAUUUAGAGUUUGCAAAAUGGAUGAACUGGUUCAUGAGUAGAGAAUUAUGUCUCUCAAUACCUAAUAUCAUUGUUGUGCAAAAUGAAAAGAAGAAUUUGAAAAUUGCAGUAAAAUUAUAUACAGGAAACACCAAAAAUUUAGAUGCCUUAAUAGUGUAUACGUGAAAAUACUCAACCAUCCCUUUGAAGAUAGUUCCUUGGACGGCCUGCCGGUUAAAAUUGAUCGAUCAUAUCCCACUGAAGGUCCCUCUGCCACAAACAGCUUGCUUGCUGAAAGGCGAGAGCCGCACAGGUCCAGUCCUGUAAAUAAAACCUGAGCUACGGGCCUGUGACCCUGCCCAGCACUUGGUAUUUAACUCACGUCUUUUACCUAAAUUGUCCUAGACUUGAAGUAUUCUGGAAAAGGCAAAGCUUUUCUUCUUCAUUAAAACCUCAGCAUGUCUCCUUGAUCUGACUUAUUUGGUUCCUCUUCAAGAUAAGUUGUAUCUUAUCAUGAAAAAUGUAGUAUUUAACAUCAUCAUGCACAUUACAUGAGGUUUUCUCAUGACAAAUAUCUAUCCUUUGUUUUAUGUCAUCCUGACCGAUGUUACAAUAAUUUCUCUUAGCUGACUGUGGUGAACAAUGUUUAAUGUGAAAAGAAAUUAAAACUUUCUUCAUCUGUUGUA